UUUUUGUAUUUUCUUUUUUAUUUAAUUCUGAUUUUUGUGUUUUUGCUUUUUCAUUGUUCUGAUAUUUUUUAUUUGUUUUUGUUUUGUGUUUUUACUUUUUCUUGUUCUGUUUUCAAUCCCUUAACUUUCUAUGUUUGUAUUAUUUGUUUUUGUGUUUUUAUGUGUUUCUGUUUUAUUUUCCCCUUUUAAGAUGUUUUAGCCUUUAUGUUUUUGUUUGUUUCAAUUUGUGUUUUUCCUGUGUUUAAUUUAAAAACGACAAACACAUUGUUGUAUUUUAUUUUUUAUAAUUUUUUCUUUAAUAUUUCCCACCAUUUUUCUUUCAUUUUCUUUGCUAUCAAUGCUUUCUAGUUGAAUUUUUUUCUUUUUUAUUUAUUUUCUCUUUUAGCUAAAAAAAGUAUUCUUUUCAUCUCUUGAUUUUUGCUAUUGUGAUUUUUCACAAAAAAUAUUUUUUUUAAUAAAUUUUUGUUUCUUCUUUUUAUUCAUGCUUUAACUGAAACAUUUUUACGUUUGAAUAAAUUUUAAAAAUAUUUUUUUCACAAAAACAACAGUUCCCUUUACCCAUUAUUACCUUUUUAUGUUUUCUCUUUGUUUUCCAAAAAUAAUUUUUUUAAUUUUUUUCGCGCAUUGCCAAGGAAACCUUUUCUUUUCUCAUUUUUUUGUUAAAAAAUGCCACAAGACGUAAACUAAAAAUUAUUAUUUUUUUAUUAGAAUUUUAUAAACCUUUGAAUAUUUUAAAAGAAAUAACAAAGAGAUUGUUUGUUAUUGUUUGUUUGUUAUUUGUGUUUUUCUUUUUUUUGUAUUUUUUAUGUGUUUUAUUUUUAAUUCUGGUUUGAAUGUUUUUAUAAUAUUCUGAUUUUUGUAUUUGUUCUGUUUUGCUAUGUUUUUAUAUUAUUCUGGUAUGUUAUUCUGGUUUUUCUAUGUAAAUGUUUUUAUUUUAUUCUGAUUUGUAUUUUAUUUGUGUUGUGUUUGUUUUUGUAUGUUUUAUGUGUUUUAUUUUUAAAUUAUUUUCUGGUUUGAAUGUUUUUAUAAUAUGUAUUCUGGUUUUGUAUUUAUUUUGUUUCAGUGUGUUUUAUUUUUAAUUCUGGUUUUCUUUGAAUGUUUUUAUUUUAUUCUAUUUUGUAUUUAUUCUGAUUUUGUAUUUUAUUUGUGUUUAUGUUCUCCUAAAUUUUAUAUUCUUUGUUGGUGUUUUCUUGCAUUUUCUGAUUAUUUGUUCAUUCUUAACCCCAACGAUUUUAUCUAUUUAUUUUUUUAUCUAUAAAUUUUCCAUGUUCGUUUUCCUCUCCUAUCAUUAUUUUUUUAAUUUAUUUAUUUUAUAUUUUUUCUCCUAAUUUUUAAAAUAAAUUUUAGCAACAAUUAAUUAAAUUUAUUUUUUUUAUUUUUUUAAAUUAAUUAUGACAAUGAAUCUGCAGAGAUUUGUUUCUUUACCCAAUGCAUUUAAACCACUAAUUUUGUUACUCACACUCCUUGCCAUUUUACUUGUAGCAUCGGCGCCAAUGAAAGACACACCUGGCGGAAUGUGGUUCUUUUGGCUUACUUCUAUUCUACAAUUGAUAUUUAUGACAAGUGUUUGUGUUCUUUUUCUUUACGAAGCCGAAUCCAUUCUUAGUUGUGGGCGAGAAAGUGGAUGGCCUGUUGUGGAAAUGUCUUAUUCGGGAGUUUGUACAUUUUCUAAUUUUAUUAACACAUUUAUUUUGGCUGGAGCUCAUAAACAUGAGAAAAAUGCAGCAAAUAGUUGUAUGGUUGCCGCGUUCACAACACUUUUUAUGUGUAUAUUAUUUGCUAUUGGAGGUUUAAUGAUGUUUCGCAUAUGGAGAGGUUUUGUAAAAUCUGGGGGAAAUCAAAAUCCAACCCCAAAUGUUCAAACUGGAAAUAUUGGAAGUAUGCACCCUGGGAUUUAA